AUGCAGUGUGUAGAAGAUGGCUGCUGCUCUUUCCCAUUUUUGGCUGCUGGUCUUAAGCAGAAAGUGAACAAGCUGGAGGAGUCUCUGAAGCAGAAGUCCGUCGAAAUGGAGGAGAUGAAAAGAGCAGGCGCCCAAGAUGCUUUGAAGAUGCAGGCUGCGCUGGACACAACGGUUCAAAAGUGUAAAGCAAUGAAGGAGGAUAUACUGCAAUUCAAGAAGCAGAUGGUCAAGAUGGAGGAGAAGCAAAGCGGCAAAAAGUGA